CGAGCAGCAAGGUCAAUGCAAGGAUUGCGCUAGAGGCCACCGACAGCACCGGCAGCACCGACAGCAGUGGCAGCACAGGCAGCACCGGCAGCACCGACAGCACGGACAACACCGGCAGCAGCACCGCCGGCGGCAGCAUCGUUGACGGCACCCCCAGCCCCACUCCCAGUACCACUGUGGACAGCAGCACUCGCAGCACCACUAUUGAUAGCAGCACUUUCAGUACCCGCGGUGGCGGUUCCAAGCCACAGUUUACCACAACCGUGGCUGUGGGCAAGGCUCGGCUUAGCUUCGGCAGCCAGCGCUGCGUGAGCGUGCCGAAAAAGGCGCGGGGGAAGAGCGCGCAGGUGUGGUGGAACGGCACGAGCAGCAAGGCUACAGGCUUCUCUUGCUCGCAGAUCAAGUUCUUUGGGAAGGGCGGCUGCCGGGGCACGGAGCUUGAUAGCAUGGUCAACCCAGGCUCUACUACUGCCAAGUCUCCAAGCAACAAGAAGAACCUCCGCAAGUGGGCUUCCAUGGCCUCGAUUCUUUGCACCGAUGCUCCCUGUGACGCGUUGGGCUGUGAGCCUGGAGGCAAAUGCAUGGUGGAUGAGAACGGCGAGCGCUACUGCCAGUGGGACUCACCCUGUGGCGCCUGCCCCUCUGGAGCAACCUGCAAGACCGUGCCUGCGACUGAGGAGCCUUCGGUGCAGGUGCCUUACUGCGCGUGCCCUAAAGGCUAUGGGAUAACUGCGACCAAGUGUGUUAAAGGUGCACCUUCCACCGUCUCUUAUGAGAGCUACACAGUCAUUGCAAAUCGAACAGCGAGGGACAACUCUUCUCGACCCCUCACCUUCCGCACUAACGUGAAUAGCUGCACCCAUAUGCCGGAAGCAUUGGCUGAGGAGGGCGCAACAUUGUAUGGAGUUAUGAACACCGGUGAUGCUCCAAGUCUUUCCAGCUGCAAAGUCUAUCCAACCGACAACUGUGAAGGCGCUAGUAAUGACGAUCUUUUUGCCGGACCCAAUCCGUUGUUUCUUGCAGCUUAUGCACU